GUGUGUGUGAGAGAGAGAGAGAGAUCGUCCCAGGUCCUGUUCCAGAGCCAGAACACUGACCGACACAAGCUACGACUAAGAACUAAAAAAGUAGUCAGAGCUCGUGACAGGAUGUAAGAAUUUUGUUUUCGUGGUCUCGGCUCGCUCAGACUCAGGAAUGAAUGGAGCUCAGAAUACAGUGACAGUGGGUUCGAGGCGGCUUUGCUGAAUAAUUGAUUCCCUGGUUGAAAAUGAAGAAAGCAGUUCUGAUGGUGUGGAUCAGCCUUUUGGUGCAAGUGUCCCAUGGUGCUCAGGGGCAUUAUGCCCACAAACUGCUGAAUGACCUGAUGGAGGGCUACACCAACGCUCUGAGACCUGUAGAGGACACAGAAAAAGCCCUGAAUGUCUCCCUGCAGAUCACUCUGUCACAGAUCAAAGACAUGGAUGAGAAGAAUCAGGUGCUGACUACAUACCUCUGGAUCAGGCAGGUGUGGCACGACGCCUACCUGAAGUGGAACAAAGAGGAUUAUGAUGACCUAGAGAUGAUUAACAUCCCCAGUGAUCUGGUUUGGAAGCCCGACAUCGUUCUGUACAACAAAGCAGAUGAUGAGGCCUCAGGUCCAUCCAACACCAAUGUGAAGCUACGCUACAACGGGGAGAUCAUCUGGGACUCUCCAGCCAUCACAAAGAGUACAUGUGUGGUGGACGUGUCUUACUUCCCUUUUGACUGGCAGCAAUGCAACCUCACCUUUGGCUCAUGGACCUACAAUGGGAACCAGGUGGACAUCACCUUGAGCAUGGACAGUGGUGACCUGUCGGACUUUGUGGAAAAUGUGGAGUGGGAAUGCCACGGCAUGCCAGCAGUUAGAAACGUCAUGAUGUAUGGCUGCUGCUCAGACCCUUACACUGACAUCACCUACACCCUGCUCCUAAAGCGCCGCUCCUCUUUUUACAUCUUUAACUUGCUGCUUCCCUGCUUCCUAAUUUCAUUCUUGGCCCCUCUGGGCUUCUACCUCCCAGCUGACUCAGGGGAGAAGGUUUCCUUAGGGGUCACGGUGCUGCUGGCGCUCACAGUGUUCCAGCUGUUGGUUGCUGAGAGCAUGCCUCCUGCAGAGAGCAUGCCCUACAUAGGGAAAUACUACAUAGCCACAAUGAUUAUGAUCACAGCUUCCACUUCUCUCACCAUCUUCAUCAUGAACAUUCAUUUCUGCGGUGCAGAGGCUAAGCCGGUUCCUCACUGGGCUAAAGUCCUCAUCAUAGACUACAUGUCAAAAAUCUUCUUUGUCUACGAGGUAGGGGAGAACUGCACAACACCAGAGAGCAAGAGAACCCCGCUGUACCGUGAAGAACCCAUGGCUGACAAAGUUUGCUACCAUCACGAAGGCAACUUGCACCAAUACAGCAACGGUGGCACCAAUCUUCACAACAAUCUCCAGAACAGUCUUCAUCAGGAUAAUGGCAGCGCUAACGGUGCUCAUCACUAUUACAACAACCAUAUCUCUAGAAGCGAGAAGGGCGGAGGGAAAAGAGAGCCUCCACAGCGUUAUCACCACAUCAUGCAAGAUGAACUGGACUACCAGGCCCCUCCUGCUCUGUCAAACCACCAGUACCUCAAUGGGGGGAUAAAGGAGCAACUUCUUUAUCCCCUGGAGAAGCAUAAUGUCCCAGCCUGCCUUUGCAACUGCUCCUGCCUUCAACAUAAACAGGUGGUGAAGAACAUUCAAUACAUCGCCAAUUGCUUCCGUGAACAGAGAGCUGCUUGUGUCAAGGCAGCAGAGUGGAAAAAAGUGGCCAAAGUGAUGGAUAGAUUCUUCAUGUGGAUCUUCUUCAUCAUGGUCUUCCUUAUGAGCAUUCUAAUCAUCGCCAAGGCCUCCUGACAGCCUCUUCACAGCUCUUUGGAUGUUACAGUGACCUUCAUCCACUGUUUUUGUUGGACCACAGUGUUACUCAAAAUUUACCUCAUUCCUACGUUAAGCAAAUUUUUAGAAGAAGGGCC